UGGGUAAUGAUACUACGCACUCCAAGACGGCGCAUAUCACCUCGUACGAAGUUAAGAUACCGUGCUAUUAAGAAUUUCCUACGAAGAGCUUUAGGUACCUCAUCACAAGGAGAAGUUUUAACAAGUUCAAGUAUAGGAGUCAGUGUCGCAGACUUUAAAAAUAAAAUAGAAGAAUUGGAGCAGCAAUUGAAUAGCAUUAGCCAACACUGCCAGGAUAUAGAGAACCUCAAAUACACUGUCAAGAAAGACUCAAAAAAUUUGGCUCUUGUGGAAACCAUUGAAAGCGAUAGCGUACAAAAAUACGAAAAACCAAAGAAAAAACAUAAAAAGGUUGAGACGAAAUCGUUACAUCAUAAUUUGAGUAGAGAACAUCGGAAACGUGACGAAAGUCAUCACGUUUUCAAUGUAGGAAGUCAUGACGAAAAAAAAGAUAUGAUUUCAUUUGAACCAACUUUCAGUAAAAAAAAUACGGAUAUACAAUUAAAUACGAAGAGUAGAAAAUGCUGUACAACACAUGAAAUAAAAGAUCGUCAGAAUAACGUUAAAUCGAAAUACAAUAAAACAGCGCCCAUCUAUUCAACAACUAGCUUUCACUCGUUAGUACUUGGACCUAAACACAAAGAUGUUAACUCUGGCUAUUAUACUCAUCGACAUAAGCUCCAUCCAAAGACAGAAUACAUUGAGGCCCUUGUCCCAACGGAACUCAAAGAUAGAGAAAUCAUAAAAAGAAAUUUAUCACGUAAAGAUGAUAACCAUGAAAGGCAAAAUAAAUCUCGGCGACAUAAACGCGAAAUCGCAGACUUAGAUGAAAAAUUUAUAGCGGAUAUAAUUGAAAAACAAUAUAAACCUGUAAAAUUAUUUGGUAAAAGACAUUCAGAUUUCAGCCAGUUCUCGGCACCGGUAUGUCGCGACCAAGAAUUUCGGAUGCGAGAAGAGAUUCCAGAGGGAAGUGAACUUUGUUCUUGUUGCUUCGAUGAGAACAGGAGGUUCAGGUACCGCUAUGUUCGAAAUAAUGACCUUAGUGAUAUGAGAAGUAUUUGUGACACACGUUUGUACAGUACGAGAGGACAUCGGAGUUAUAAAAAUUCUAGACGAUACGUUGACGAUUACAACAAUUCGGCAUUAUAUGAUAUUGUUCCUGUUAAAGAAAAAUCAAGUCCAAAGUCAAGACGGAAAUUUUUUGACGAAAAUAAAAUGAUUUAUCACUGUAAAGAAGUACCACCAUCCCCGAGAACUCAGAGACCAAGACUUAAUUUAAAAGUACAUAAUUAUACUGAAUACGAGGAUAGUUUAACAAAUGUUCGAAAUCGAAGUAAAAAAAAUCCGCAUCACGAAAUCUAUAGAGAUGAGUGUGAUAAUUUAUCAGGCUUGCAGCCAGUACAAAAAAGAAGAAAUGAAAGUUCGAUACAUAUCAAAGCAGAAAAGUCUAAAAACAUAAGAGAAGACAUUGAGACUAUGACCAGCUUACAAGCGCAUAAUAUCACAAAUGAGCCAGCAACCAACUCAAAUAAUGAUACUACAUUGAAUACACAAGUAACAGAUUCGAGUGUUGAUAAAACAGAUAAGACACUCGGUGAAAUUAAAAAUAUUUUACAAAGUUUUUUACUGGAAAUAAAGAAAGAUUCGACACAUGAAGAAAAAUCUACUACAACAAACAAAAUCGAUACCGAGCAACAAGAAAGCAACAAAGUAAAUGCAAACACGAUACCAAAUAGUAGACAUAGUAUGAACCAAAACUUUGGUCAAUACGGAUUACCUCCAUUUCUGCCAACAUUUCCAAGUCCAUGUUGUUACCCAAUACUUCCCUUGUGUCCUAUGAACUGCCUUCAAAAUGGGUACAUGUUACCGAAUCCAAGUUUGACAUGCAUGGCUUGCUCAAAACAAUCAAAAGUAAAUGCAUGCCCUGAAAAGGAAACCUGUAAUAACAGUUAUAAUACUUCGGAAAUGAAGACGACUAAUGAAACCCAAGAGCUCAUUAAAGAAAUUUACAAAUUUGUUUCACAAAAUCCAAAAUCAUCUCGUAAAGGUGAUGAUUAUUUUAAUAAAAACAACAUGAAUUGUAAUGAAAGGUGUGGUUUUGAUAAAAAAAUGCACACUAACAGAAGUGUUGGUAGCUCUAAAGGCUACAAACAUGAUGCUAAUGUCGGUACGCCCAUGAAGUGCUAUUCUAAAAGCUGUGAGGCGAUUAGAUCUAGAAUACCUUCGGAAGAUUAUUAUACUACGAAUGCUAGUUACUCAGACACGGUACUGGAAAAAUUAAGUUUAGAAGCAACAGAAUCAUCUUCAGAAUCUGAUGUUAGUACUGAAGUUCCUAUGAAAAAGGGUAAACGAGGCGCAUUUAGAAAAGUAAUGAGGUCGCUGCGUCUUUUUCGAAAAAAGAAGGACGUUAUCGAAGAAGAAAGCGAAACUACAGUGCAUGUCAAACCUAAACAGAAACCGCCAUUUAAACAAAAUAUCACCACCUAUGCGAUGCAUGACCAGCAAUACUUUCACCCACCACCUAUAACAAAACAGCACUUCGGUCCGCCUCACUCACAUGAGCACUGUUAUAAUUGUGAUCACAGGAACAUCAGAAAUAUCUCACAACAUCCGAUGCGCAAUGAGUUCAUCGAUAAGCAAAGACUAUAUUAUGACCACAUGAUCCCACCACAUCGGAAUCCAAUACAUUAUUCACCUGUGCCUUUGGGUCCGAACUACGAUCCACAUUACCACCAGCAACAAACUCCUCAAGUUCCGUUGUGUCUUAAAGAAGUUGAAGUAAAAAGCAUAGGUACUCAAAGUGUAAGAAAAAUGUCCAUAUUUAGUAAAUUCACAAAGAAAAUUCAGCCGCCUGCAAACCAAUACCAAACAAGUCAACAAUACUACACGCCGCCAACUCAAAACAAGCCUUCUUUAUGGAAAACUUGGCAAGAGAAGGCUAAACAGCAAAGCACUGACCCGUUGGCUUUUUCUAUUAAAACUCAGAAACAACUAGAGCAAGGAGAUAUGAAAAUCAGAAGUGCAAUGCUUAAGAAAUUGUUCUAUAAAAGAAAUCCAUUUUCUCCUCGAAAUCUGAUUAUCAAAACAAUACUCGGAAAAGAUAAAUCGAGUUUCGGUAACCCGCCUAAGAUGUAUAAACCACGAAUGUUCUUGUAAAUGUAAAGUGCAUUUUUUAAACAGUGACGUAUUGUGUAUUAUGUCCCGUUGCAUUGCCCUAAAUUAAAUAGUUUUAUUUACUUGUUU